AUGAUGAGGAACGAAUUUUUAGUCAACACAAUUUACAAUCAUGGAAAUUUGAAAAAGGUACUAGGGUUGUUGAAAAGUUUAAAUAAAAGCAAAAACCUGGAUUUGAUAUGCCAGGUAUGUGAAAACUGCAAUAUAGAAGAAGAUGAGGAGACCUUGCGAAUAUUUUUGAACGAAUUGAAUCAUAUUAGUAAUGACGAAAAUGUAAGUAGUAAGCUUAGUGAGAACAACAGGGGAGGAGGUGGUGCUGGUGCUGGUGGCAAGCAGGGCAAUGUUACCCUAAUGAGCAUAGGAAAACAUAUAGGAAUUGUCAAUAGGUGCAAUAACAACCUUUUGCUGGACAAUAGUAAUAACGUGUAUGAAGAAUCAAAGGACUUGAGUGCUUCGCUCUCCAAUAGUUCAGAAGAAAUUAACGAAUUCGACAUUGAUAUGAAUACACCUAAUAAUGAAAAAAAUAAAGCUACAAGAAUUUAUGUGGAUGGUAUCUUUGAUCUGUCUCACUCUGGUCAUUUUAAUGCCAUGAGACAAGCGAAACAAUUAGGGGACGUUGUGGUAGUUGGAAUAAAUUCAGAUGAGGAUGCCCUAAACUCCAAGGGUGUUAUGCCUAUAUAUAAUCAGGAAGAAAGAGGGGCAUUGAUAGCCGGGUGUAAGUGGGUUGACGAAGUUAUUAUAGGUACCAAGUAUAACGUGAGUAUGGAGCUGCUGGUGAAAUACAAUUGCGAUUACGCUGCCCAUGGUAGUGAUAUUGCAUAUGAUCGCAAUGGUAAUUGUUGUUAUGAAGAGGUUAAAAAAAAUAACAGGUUUAAAAUAUUUGAACGAAGUUAUGGUAUUUCCACCACGACCAUAAUUAACCAUUUGUUGCAGGCGGUUAACAGUUCUAAUAAAAGCCUGUCCGAUGGAGACGCAGCGAAUGGCGUGGGGGGAAGCGGCGUUGUAAGCAGUAUGGCUAGUGGUGCAGGAACUGUGCCGAGCACAAAUGCUGCUGGAAAGAAUGUUGCUAACCCUAACCCCAACAACAAUGAGGACGACAAAGCGUCGGUCCCAUAUAGUAAUGGAAAUUGCCUAAACGGCACAGGUGAAAAAUGUAACCUAAGUAAAAAAUCAAAAUCGAAUUCGAAAGACUUCGAAGACGAAACCAACGGCAUGGAAGCAGCGGCGGGGUCGGACAACAAAAUUAAAACAUCCGACUCCAUAACCAGUUUAAAACACGCCUUAAGCAAAAAUAAAUGUUACGUAACGGCAUCUCAGUUGUAUCAAUUCAUGGAGAGCCAAAAAGAAAAAGCAAACAAAAAAGUAGUAUACGUGGAUGGUUCAUUUGACAUUUUUCACAUUGGUCAUUUGAAAAUAUUAGAAAAUGCUAAGAAAUUAGGGGACUAUUUGAUUGUAGGUCUGCACUCCGACGAGGUUGUGCGCAGAAUGAAAGGGAAGCACUUCCCCGUCGUGUCCCUACUGGAGAGGACUUUAAAUGUGUUAGCCAUGAAAGUUGUGGACGACGUAGUUAUAGGAGCCCCAUGGCUCAUCAGUGAGAGCUUCAUUAAGCGCUUCCAAAUAGACGUUGUGGUCAGGGGGACCGUUGUUGAUUACUUUUACUCGAACAAUGAGUUGGAUCCGUAUGCCGUUCCGAAGAAGUUGAACAUCUACCAGGAGCUCUCCUCGGAAUCGGGUAUCACCACCUUUGAAAUUAUUGAACGAAUCGAGAAAAACAAAAAUUGCCUGAUGAGUACCAUAUCGAAGAGAAAAAAGAAGGAAGAUAACAUAUGGAAGGUGAACAAUACGUAUGUUCAGAAUUAA